GAAAAGUGGUUGAGAUUAGGCUCAUCUCCCUUCUUAUAAACCCUAACCCUUUCAACUAUUUUAACAUUCUCAACGAUGUCUCUCUCCUUCUUCGACUCCAUACUCCGCCCUCUCACCUCUCGCUGGCCCUUGCUACUCUACGCUGCGGCCUGGACCGCGCUCCUAUCCGCCACGGUUGCAGUUGCUUCCUUCUUGCCGGAGGCUGCCUUUGUAUGGGCGAUAUCUCCGUCUUCUUCCUUCUCCAGAGCAUGCGACGCAGAAGGGUUCAUUAGGGUUCCGCUGGACCUUCCGGGGGAGGUUCUGUGUUUGCCGGCUCAUUUGUUUGCCAAGUUUAGCAUGGAUUUAUUGGUGCCUCCAGUUUUUGCGGCUGUUGUUGUGGCUGGUUCUGCAUGUUUGGUUCGAGCCAUGGGCUUGUGGGAGGACGACUUGCCUCGUUGAGUCCGCCCCAGAUUCAGAUGCGAAAAUCCGAAAAUCCUUUCCAUGUGUCUGGUUAAAACCAGGUGUAGUGCUCUGCGUUGGAACCGACGGUGUAUUCGAGUCUAUCACCGUUCUGAUUUGUACGCAGAGUUUAUUCUAAAAUGAUUUUUUUUUUUAAGGAAAAAAAAAAGGAAAAAGAAAAGGAAGGUGGGAGUCGGGAGGGCUUUCAAUUUUGUGGACAACGGCUUCGUCUGGAAAAGAACCAUAAAAGAUGAUGACUUGGUAGAGGCCCGUUUGGCUUCAAUUAUAACCGUUUUUGUUUGCCUUUGA